CGCUGAGCCGAGUGGACGUGUUUUCGUUGAUUGAAAGCGAACGGUACCAAUCGUGAGUGAAGUGCAUUACCGCGCCCGCCUCCCCCACUGACCCGGGCCCGGUUUAUUCGAUUUUCGUUGCGUUUGUGUUCGUGCGUAUUUUUGUAUCCUUGUAUCUAUCUUGUUUCCCCGCUUGGGGUUUGGUCCGCGGUGAGCUCACCUGCCCUCUCGGUCGCACCGCUGUGUUGUCUUGUUUUGAGUUUUUGGGGUGUGGAGUCGACGGUGAAGAGAAUCGCGUGAAAGUCGAACGGUUCAAAACAACGAGAGCCAAAUUUUUCGGUGAAUUUGAUUCGGGAGAAAAAAAGUUCUGCGUGGAACGCACAAAGGAACAUCGUUGCGUGAAAAUUCAUUCAUUAGUGCACUGUUUUUAUUGGGGCAAAAGAUUCUAAUAAGAAAACGACAAGUGAGGAGCAAAUUUAUUACAAUUUAGUGCGGAAAAGUGCGCGUAUGCUUUUCCUGAAACGUAGCAGCGCUCCAUUCAAAUAGUGAGUGUUGUUGGUGUUGGUGAGCGCUAUAGUGCUGGAAUAAAAGUGUGACACCGAAGAGAAAAAAAAGGGAAAAAAAUAAUCACCUUCGCCGUCGUCAUUGAAGAAAAGGUGUGUGUGGCGCGAGUAGCAGCAGCAGAUACCAAUCGUGCUUUGUGGUUUGACGAAGAACGCAGCAGCAACCAGCAGUGGCUCCCCGCCGGAAUAGCUAAUAAGCUGGCCGAGUAGAACUCAUCGGGUGUGUGCCGUCUACCUACCCCCUACUACCGCGGGUAGAGUGGCGGUUGACUGGACAUAAAAAUUGAACCUGAGCCAACUGCACUCAUCCUCUUCCGCUUGGCGGCACACGUCAAGGAUCGUCUAGCAACAGCAAACGCAUCGCUAUGCCAGCCGAAUCCAAAGUAGCGGAUGCGGCGCCAGCCACCAAUCCGAGCACACCGAAAAAGAAACCAGCAGCUUCCUCCGGCAAGGCGGCGCUCGCCAAAGUCACAGUCCUCGAUGGCUCGAUAUUAGAAGUCACGAUCGACCGUAAAGCACGUGGCCGCGAUUUAUUGAAUUCAGUCUGCGCUGGGUUAAACAUCAUCGAAAAAGAUUACUUCGGUCUAACAUACGUCACGGCGGCAGAUCCCCGAGUAUGGCUGGAUCUCGAGCGACCAGUAGCAAAAUUCUUCCGCUCCGACCCAUGGGACAUGAAUUUCGAAGUCAAAUUCUACCCUCCGGAGCCGGCACAGCUCCAGGAGGACAUCACCCGCUACCACUUGUGCCUGCAAGUUCGAAAUGACAUUCUCGAGGGCCGACUACCGUGCUCGUUUGUGACGCAUGCCCUACUGGGAUCUUAUCUGGUGCAAUCGGAACUGGGCGACUACGAUGCUGACGAGAUGAAGGAUCGUUCAUAUCUGAAGGAGUUCAAAAUAGCGCCGAACCAGACGCCCGAACUGCUGGACAAAGUUAUGGAUUUGCACAAAACGCAUAAGAGUCAAACGCCUGCGGAAGCCGAAUUACACUACCUGGAGAAUGCGAAAAAGCUGGCAAUGUACGGAGUUGACCUACAUCCUGCCAAAGACUCCGAAGGAGUUGAUAUCAUGCUGGGGGUAUGUGCGUCCGGAUUGCUGGUAUAUAGGGACAAGCUCCGAAUUAAUCGCUUCGCAUGGCCCAAAAUUCUUAAAAUCUCCUACAAACGCAACAAUUUCUACAUCAAAAUUCGACCGGGAGAAUUCGAACAGUACGAAUCGACCAUCGGUUUCAAGCUGGAGAACCACCGGGCCGCCAAGAAACUGUGGAAGGCCUGCGUUGAGCAUCACACCUUCUUCCGGUUGAUGACGCCGGAACCUUCCUCUAAGUCGGGCCUGUUUCCUCGGUUGGGCUCUAAGUUCCGCUACUCGGGUCGAACGCACUACGAAACCCGCAAGACGCCAGUCGAUCGACCAGCUCCGGACUUCAAGCGUAGUCUCACCGGAAAGCGGUUGUCCAGUAGAAGCAUGGAUGCCCUCGGACAGCAAGAAAAGGAGCGAACCGCCUUCAAGGAUCCGAACAAGGACGGUAACAAACGCCACACCAUGUCACAUCCACCGGAUCACAUUCCAGAUCUGGAAUCGCCAACACGUGGCUCUCGAAGUCCCAUCAAAAAGGAGAAGAAGGAACGCUUGAAGCGCGAGUCUAGUACCGGAACAGCUUCGGCGUCGUCUCAGAGCUCGCUCGAGGGUGACUACGAUAUCGCUGCGUCGUCAUCCAACGUUGUUCCGAGCCAGAAACCAGUCGGCGGUAUCGCUGUCCUGCCUGGAGCCGGAAAGAAAGAGAAGGAACAAACCAAGGAACAAGCAUCACCCCUCAAAGAGGAAGGUCUAAAUGGCAACAAUGGCAACCAGGAAGCGUUGAAUUCCUCCACGGAGGAGCAAACUUCUCCAGGUGGAAAGCGAAAGGGCUUCCUGUUUUCUUCGGGUCGCAAAUCACCCAAGGAUAAGAAGAGUCCCGGUGCUGCGGCAACUCGCGUUGCUGAUACCAACGGUGAUGGUGGCAAGAAGGAUCUACACGAAACACAGGCACAAACUCAGCAAGCACAAAAGGACUCGGGUAAGCCCGGAUUCACUAAACCGUACGAGUACUCGGAGAACAAUCAGGACACUAGCCCGAACAAGAAGAAUGUCAAAACUCGCGGCUUCCGGUACGAUGAAGAUCCUUCGGUAAAUGCCCGGGGCAAGGAAGAAGCACAGCUCAGUCCCAAUUCGCAGAGCCGACGAGCUACGGGCUUAGCCUUCAACUAUGCGCCGGGAGAAGAUGAUAAAGUGCGUGAAUCGGUGGAGAAGCGUAAGGUUCCAGGUUCACCUAAUUCAGGUGAUGCAAAGGAUAAGCUCUCACCUAAGACCGGUGGUAGAGGACUGACGGGUGAAACUGAUGCAGAAAAGGGAGUGAGAACUAGUGCACGAUCGUACUCCCCUAACAAAGGCAAAGUUGUUGAUCCUCUCGCUAGUGGAGCUGGAUCUUUCCGUCCUUUAGACGACAGCCAGGCAGAUCCUAAUGCGGCAUUUAUUCAGGGAGAACAAGCUGCCGGUAUUGUUCCGGUAAUUGCAGGACCCUUAGAACCGGUCAAAAAGAAGGUGAAGAUAAUGGUGAUCAUUUCGAGAUUUGAUCCCAAAACCAAGAAGGUCGAUACUGCCAACGGAGUGGUUGAACAUUCGACGGGUGUACUGGAUACGAAAUCAGGUCUGAUUGAAAGCAAAUAUGGUGUUAUUGAUCCAAAAGCCGGAACAGUUGUCAACUUCAAUCCGAGAACCGGACAAAAUGAAACCUUCCAGGGACAGACUGAUCCGAAGACCGGACAAAUCCAUGUUGUCAGCGGAGUCGUUGAUCCCAACACUGGGAGGGUGGAUGAUAACCUCGGUCAAGCAAUUAUUGUGGCUCCCGACGAUGAUUCCAUUGUGGAGAUUACAACCAUUACGGGCAAGUUUGAUCCUAAUACCGGAAAGGUCGACACUACAAAUGGGGACAUCGAAAGAACUCGUGGCAUUUUGAACAGCAAGACCGGAGUUGUUGCUACUAAGUAUGGUGAAAUCAAUCCUCGGACAGGAGAACUUCGUACCGUUGAUCCAAAGUCAGGAAAAUCUAGCAGUCGAACUGUGGCGGUUGAUAAAGACAACGGACAGGUCACGAUCGUAGGAGUUAUCGAUCCCAAAACACAUAAAGCGGACAACAGUCAAGCUCACUUGGUCGCAAUUGGCAAUCAGGUCGAUCCAGUUGUAGAAGUCACUUCAGUUCUUGGUAAACUUGACAAGAAAGGCAUUGUUGACCCGAAAUCGGUUACAUUCGACAAAAGCACAGGCCAACUGGAUACUAAGGAUGGUAAGAUCAACACCAAGUUCGGUCAGUUUGAUUUAGUGAAACAGACUUUAACGUUCGUUGAUCCGAAAACGGGUAAAACGGAGACCAAAGAGGUCAAGAUAGAUCCUGUGACGGGACAGGUGCUGCUGAAGAAUCAAGUCAAUCCGAAAACCGGGAAACCCGACAAGGAUUUCGGAAGAAUCGUUUCAAUUCGCAUUGUUCAUCACCGUAUUGAUCCUGCUACAGGAAAGCAUAUCUCUACUGUGGAAGAUAAGGAUAUUCGUGUCGACCCUAAGACAAAUCAAGUUUGGAUUCCGGAAGGUAAGGAUCAAAGAACCGGGGAAACGAUCUACACCUCCAGUCAAGUUGAUCCGAAGACUGGCUACGUGAUUACCAUCUAUGGUUAUCUGAACCCGAAAACUAACGAAAUUGAGAAACAGACAAAACUGGAUCCUAAUCUGACCAAGGUUGAUCCUACUACCGGGCAGAUCUACGCUGCCACCGGCGAAGUAGAUACAGCCACGGGUGAACCGCUGUUCGCCGCUACGCAAAUCAACGAAGAAAACGGUGAAAUAUACACCAAGGUAGGCAAAGUAGAUCCCAAGACCGGCCGGCUGGUGAUAAUUAAGAUCCUCAUUUUGACAAAGAAGGACGAAAGAGGUAAACCUGAAGAAGUAGACAUCAACGGAGUGGACCUGGAUCCAGUGACUGGUAGAAUAAAUAACAUUGCCACCAAGACCGUGUACGUUUACAAAAUGCGCGAUCCCAUCACCGGUGAAACCUACCAGGUGGAUCCCAACGAUCCAAGCAUUGCCGGAGCCCGGACAACCGUUACCCAAACCAUGACCUUGAGCGGUGAAAUCGAUCCUGUCACCGGUCGCAUCAAAUCCGAAUGGGGCCACAUCGACCCGAACACCGGAGACAUCGAUCCCGCAACGGCCAUCCGCGAUCCGGUCACCGGCAAAUUGAUUCUCAACUACGCCGAUAUCGAACCGAGCCACUUCGGCAAAAAUGUCACGGUUACCAAGGAGACGGUUCCCAUCACGCGGGAACAGUUCUACGAAGGCAUCAAGCACCUCGGCAAGAAGGCCAUCCGACGGGACUCGGAGAGCUCCGACGACGAAAUGGCACAGUAUGACAGCGAACAGGUGAAGGAAAUCAACUCGGGAACGCCACGGGCGGCCGGCGGAAAGUACGGAACGCCUACGGUGGUGAAAACGACAACGAAGCAGGUUAUCACGAAGAACGAGGAUGGCGUAACGCACAACGUCGAAGAGGAGGUACAGAAUCUGGGAACCGGACAGAUCGUCUACUCGACACAGGAGCAUAAGGCGGACGCUCCCAGCGAUAUUCAGGGCAAAUUCCUCACGGCAACGGCCGUCACGACGCGUACGGCAACCACUCACGAAAAUCUCGAAAGUAACGUCAAGACCCAACAGCUGGAGGAAAAGACUGUCGCUACCACCACGACGCAACGAGGUGAACAACAGGAACAGCGAGUAGUCACCCAGGAGGUUAAGACCACCGCCACGGUAACCAGUGGCGAUCAGUUUGCCCGCCGCGAUAGCAUUUCAUCGACGAGUUCCGGCGAUUCUGGAACCCCAAUCGAUGGUCCCUACGGCGGAGAUGACGACUCAGCGGUGAUCUACAACAAGAGCUACACGGGUGUUGACGACGUUGCGGGAGCUUCGAAGAUUCCAUCUGGUCCGAAUGUUGAACAUCAUCGGGUGCUGCUGGACGAUUCGCAGGAAGGUGUCACAGCCGAGGGUGAGAUUGUGUCCUCCCAGACAGUAAGCAGCAAAACGCGAACGGUUGAAACAAUUACCUACAAAACAGAACGUGAUGGUGUUGUGGAAACCCGCGUGGAACAAAAGAUUACCAUUCAGUCGGAUGGUGAUCCGAUCGAUCACGACAAGGCGCUGGCAGAAGCCAUUCAGGAAGCAACCGCCAUGAACCCAGACAUGACCGUGGAGAAAAUCGAAAUCCAACAGCAGACGCAGUAAGAACGACAAGCUAAGGUAAGGCAUCCCUGCGCGCAAAAAUUAAAAAGAAAAACUUGCGUACCCAUAAGACUUGGCUGGUCCAAAAGACGGUUCGAGAUACUUUUGGGACGGACGUCGGUUUCUACACACAAAGUCGUCACUACAUUACAUUUGUCAUCACAAAAAUUGCUAAUAUUUUACAAUUGAGACCACGGCAAAACUGUGGCGCGCGAACGCUAGUUUUUUUUUAAGUAAGCAUGAAAGUAUAAGGUAUUAUGCUUAGUUAAACGUGAAAGAAGCCACAAGUUGGUGAAAUCAAACGAAUCACGAAAGGACAGUUGUUCUAGUUUAAGCAUUUUCUAAUUUUAAUACGAGAAAACGACAAAAAAGAAUAAAUACUAAAAAAAAUUAAAAAAAAUCGCUUUAUAUCCGAUUUUGUUGUUCUGCUUCAGGAUGAGUAAAAUGUCUACGCGAAGGAGCAAAGUUGUUGAAAUAGUAUUUAACAAUAUUUACAAACAAACACAAAAAUCACAAGAAGCUUAUAUUGAUUGGUGGGAACUAUACAUAUUUAGAAAGAUUACGUCUCAACGUCGACUUAUUCGAGAAUACUAUAUUCGUGCGAAAUUGCUUUUGAUGUUUCAUGUUUGCUAAACAAGGAGAAGAUAAUAAAAGAGAAUACAAACUUUGAAAGGGGAAAGAGAGAGAUGGGCGUACUAUGCAUUUGUUGUGGUCCUGGUCGUAAGUAGUUGAGACUACAUAAUCUGAAACACCUUUAAUGAAUAAUAUUCGCAUACUUUUCCUCCCUUUUGAUUAAUACCUUCUUACCAAUACAAGUAAUAGUUCUCUUGCAAAUUUGCCUCAAAUAAUAUAUAUACGAUGAUAUAGUGGAAUUUUAUAUUUAGCAAACAACAUCUACAACAACCAUCGUCGUGUUCACUGAAUGGAGAUUUACCGAAGUAGGCAUUAGAUGGAAUCAAUCAAUCAAUCGAGAGACCAAAUCGAAGACUUAUCGUAUUGAAUAGAGUGGCAACAUUGUCAACAUUAAUAUAUACGAUCACAUAGAUGGCGCUUCCAAGUCCAUACUAUAGUUGCCCAGUAGCCGAUGUGCCAGUCUCCAUCAUAGUCAUUGCAAUACAAAAAAACAGUAAAUAAAUAGAGAAUGGGAAAAGUUUGUGAUCCAGAAAAGUAGCGGACCGGAUAACGCCACAUUGAAAAACAAAAUAAAAACCGUUGCCUUAUUUGUAGUCAAAUUUCUCUCUUUCUUCGGCUAUCUAUUUCACCCGAUCCCUUAAGACGCUAUCUAUAUCCUUGGAUCCUUAGCGCUAUAUUGUACUAUCAUUAGUCUUAAAACCAACAACUGCAUUGUGUUUUUCUGUGUUUUCUAUUUAUUUCCUAACUGUAAUUAACAUUCCGAGAACUAAUAAGUUUCGCAGCAUACAUACGUGCUGCAAAACAAAUAAAACGUACUAAAUUAUAAAUUUAUCUAAAGCAAACAAAACACUUUUUAAUUUAUUCUACAAAAUCUGUAUUUCCGUUGGAUUUUUUUUCUAUGUAGCUUUUUUUUUUGCAAAUUUGCCGUAAUAGUGGGAUAAGUUUGCGCUAUGCGUAAAAUAUUAACGGUGGUCGAGUUUUACGACAGGUAACGUCUAGAACCAACGGUCUUGUAACGGAAAUUAAACCCCGUUUGGAAUUACCUGUCGUAAAUGUACCAAAAUCGCCAACUUUCCCAAUUGUUACGUAUGUUUGCCUGUGGUAGUUCUUCUACAACUUGAUUCGUCAAUAGAUGGCACCACCGUAUUUUGUGUACCGUUGAGAUAGGAAACGUUCGGGACGAAAGUUUGAGACAAAUCACAAAAUUACGUAUAUAUUUUUGUAACAACAAGCUUUUUGCGCGUAAAACUAAAAAAAAAAGUUGACGAAACGGAAAACUUUUGCUUACGAUUACCAACAUAACAUGUAGUACAGUAGUAGUCUAAUGGUACUGUUUCGUUUUGUCGUGUUGUCAUUCAAAAUGACAUCUAUAUUAUAACGAUAAACUGAUUGUAUUGCAAUUGUGCUUUUGUGUAAAAUUGAUAAUUCAUAUAUUGUCAUCUUUAGUCAUCACAUGCCUUCGAUUGUUUUUUUAUUUGCAAUCCGAUCCUUCCGUUUUUUUUAUUGACAAGUUUUAAAUAGUUUCUUCUAAAUCCCUAGUUACGAUAAUAGAUUUUUUUUUCUACAAAUAAGUAGUAUAGUUUUUAGAUAACAUCCCCUCCAAUUUGUGUUGUACGCGUCUUUUUAUUAUUAUUUUAUGUUUGUAAGAGAGAUUUAUUUAUCACAGAGAAAGAAAAAGGAAACUAUUUGAAACAAUAUAUUGAUCACGAAACACAAAAUCUUCAUAUUAGGCUUAAAUGAGUCGAUUUGACUAUGACAUAAUACCCAGCAGAAGAACGCAUAACAGAUCGCUAAGUAAAUUUGAGAAAAUAUGAGAAUAAAAACAAAACGCGUCUCUACAGUGGAGCAAGCUAAUCUUUAGAUGUAUCAACCGCAUGCUAAAUGAAAGAUGAAAUCAGAACGAGUAAAGCGACUAAGUCUAGUUUAUGUGAAAAGUAA